UUGACACUAUGUUGUUCGGAUAUCGAACCAUUCACCAUUAAGAGUGCUAGUGACGUACGUAGGUACGGAAAUCGCGGUUCCGGUGAAUCGAUUUUAUUUUUCAGUUUUUACCUUAAUUACUGAUAAGACAGACUUGAGAUUAAUCAGAACUGAUAGGAGCACAAUAUAAUAAUUAUAUUAGUAUGCAUUCCAUUCUACAGGACGUUUCAAUCGAAAUUCAAAAUUAUUCAAACACCACAGAAUUCUGUGUUAACAUUCCAGCUGUUGUUAUGACUUAGUUCAGUCUAAAACAAUCAAGAGAUUUCGGAGCUGUACGUACACCAUAGAUUACUUGCAAUUUGUAAUUACGGCACAUUACUUUGACGACAUAAUUUGAACAAUUUUACACACAUUUACAUACUACGAUUGUUUAUUCGUCUCCAUAAUCAUUAAUCGUGAAACAUAUCGCGUAGACGGCAGACCUAAAGCGACUACUGAGUACUGACAGCAGGCUAAUCAUAAAUUGAUAAGUUAUCGGUGAUAAUAUGUCGUGGACCGUCACGAUUAGCUAACGAAGAUUGUAGUGGCGUCGCCACAACUGCAUUAUCAUUAAUCAUGAUAACAAUAAAUGCUGAUUAAAACGUCUAAAAAUCUUAUGACUGAUUUGACAAAAUAGAUUUUGUAAAUGGCAAAUGCUCAAUAAUUAUGCGGUCAAAACUUCAAAACGCGUUACGUAUACAAUGUAAACACAAGACAACACCAGAAUCCAAACUAUUAUAAUAAUAAUUUUCAUUUUUUCAUCGAUCGAUCGACAACGAUAUUUCUGUCGUACGAUGCACUGGCCACCGACUGUUCUAGACAAUUACGAAUUAUAUAGAAUAAUAUACGGGUAAUGGGCUAUACGGCUCGAGUGCUUAUCAUUAGAAGAUAAAACAACACAAAUCGUUAUCGAUCACAAACGCGAUUUAAUUAUUAAAAAGGCACGGACGUAUAUACCUAUGACUUAUAAGUAUGAUAUAUACGUCCGUGAUUUAAGUUAAUAUCAAGUAAACCGUGGUGUGGUGUCGAACGUCAACGUUUUUUAUAUUCAAGACCCAGCGGCAAAAUCACUCGGAAGUUAUCUGAUUACAGCUGUGAGACAAGUAUUACGAUUUUUUGGACUCGUUUACUAUUUGUUUGUUUCUUUUGUAUAUUCCACCUGAAUCAUUGAGGUGUCUCAAUUCUGGGUCUUUUUUUUAUCUAGUUGAUAAAAAAAAUCUUCAUCAUGGCGACAGACGAUGUGGAAUCCGAAAUCCAUUUCAUGAAAACUUAUAGCAUAAUGAAAUGGGACGAACUAAUAAAGCUAAAUGAUGAUCGUAAAUCACUUAACCAGAAAAUCACACUUGGGUUAGCUACCAGAGAAGAAUUGUCGAAACAAAUAAAAGUUGAAUUAAAUAUGCUAGAUACGUGUCAACUUAAAAUUGAUCAAGAAAUGAAAGAAAAUGAUACAGAAGAUAUUAACACUGAAAUACUUACCAUUUUAUCAAAUCGUAUCAAUGAAUUGUACAACAAUAUGUUUCUACUGUUUCCUGUUGAUAAGACUUCAUUAUCAGAAUAUAUUGAGUUUUGCUCAAAUAAUACAUUAUUUAUCACUAAAUGUAGUAACAUGUUGGAUACACUUAUGUCAAUAUAUCAUAGUGAUCCUGAAGUGUAUAUAAUCGCAGCAACAUAUGAAUUUGAUGAUCGAAAUAAUGUUGAAUCAGCUAGAAAAUAUUUUGCAGAAGGAUUAAAAUAUCACACUAAUUGUAAACAUUUAUAUGUAGAAGAGUUCUGGGUAGAAGUACAACAUUUAGAAAAGACUGCAGGUGCCUCACUUCCAAUUGCCAUUGAAAAAUAUAGAAAUCUCAUAAAACGUUUUGAAGGAGAUAUUGAAUUUCAUUUUAUAUUAUUGGACAGAGCAAUACAAUUAAGCGCAGUUAGAGAAUUGCAAUGCAAUGUUGUCAGGGAUAUGGUCAAAAAGUAUAGGCAUAGUGAACUAAUGUGGCAAAAAUUAGCUAAAAUUCAUUUUGAUGGUUUUAUCUAUCAUCAGGAGACUGAGCAAUUACAUUAUGAUAAAAAUUAUAUCAGCGGUAUUAGAAAUUGUAUUAAAACCUAUGAAGAUGGGUUAAAAGAAAAUCUACCACUAAAAAAUAAACAUAAGUUAUGGAACUUUUAUAUUGAUCAUGUUAUAGAAAUUAGGAAAUCUUAUCGCAUGAAAAAAGAAACAAUAAGAAAUUUUAUGAAUGAAACAAUGGAACGAGCUUUUCAAGAAGCUCAUGAUAACAAGGCAUUACUUAAUGCUGAAUAUUAUAUAUAUUGGGCUAAAAACACAAAUAAAGACUGCCAUAGGAUUCUGAGAAAAGCAGUUGAGGUGAUACAUGAUAGUGUAGAACUCUGGAUUAAUUUAAUAUCAUAUUAUUUAAGCUAUGACAGUCUCGAAAUGGGUAUUGAAGCCUUUCAAGCUGGUGUACGAGCUUUGACAAAAAAAUCAAUGCCUUUAUGGGAAAUUCUAAUUUUAUACAUGGGGAAUACUCAUCCAAAAUUGCUUCAACAAUUAUAUCACGAAGGCUCACAUUUUCCAUUUCCAGAAGUUAAUUGUGUAAUCAGGCCUGAAUAUUUGGAAUGGAGUGUAGUUCAUAAUGGAAUACUUUCUACUCGUGAAUUGUUCAUUGAACUUAGAGACAUAAAACCAGAAUGUAAACAGUUAUAUACAACUAUGAUUUCAUUUGAACUCACUCAGAACUCUGGAAUUACCAAACUAAAAACUAUUAGAAAAUUGUAUAAUGAUGUAUGCAAUGUUUUUGGUCAUAAAGAUAUUGAAGUAUGGUCUGACUGUAUCCGUUUCGAAUAUAUGUACGGAUCUCGUAAAUUAGUGAAAGAAAUUUAUAAGGCAUCAUUACUGUGUUUGGAACCAGAUUUAAGGAGUGGUAUGACUGAAGAGUUUGAAAAACUUAAAGAGGAAUUCAUGGAGGAAGAUCCUAAAGAUGAAGGAGUUAUUGUAAUUGAUGACGACGAAUAAUUUAAAAGAUACAAAAAAAUUAUGUUUUUAGUGGGUAAUUUGUGUACUUCCUUUUUUUAUAUCUGUGAUAUGUAGUAUUAAGUUAAAGUCUGUUUAUUAUUAAUGAUUAUUUUUACUAAUUUUUUAAGUGGUAUAUGCAUA